AUGAAGGCAUCACAAGCAAUUUUCAGACAUGCGCAAGGGUCGCUGGCCUCGGCCCAACACGCUGCAGCUCGCACCUCGACUGCGCUGCAAAAUGCUCCGAGAAGUACGACAACCGGCGGAGCCAGAGCCUUAUCAUGCGCACCCGUCCGAGCCCUUUCGUCGACUGCUAUCAGACGAGAGCCGCCCACAGAUAACCCGUCGCAUGCUUCCAUGAUCGAUCAUGUCACUGACUAUCCACACAUCCACGAAAGAGACCCUGAUGACCACGGUCACAACACCACGGGCGGCGGUGUCGGUCGACAUACCUCUCGUACUCUUGCCAGCUUGUCCAUGGAAGGCAAGACCUGCGUCGUCACAGGCGGUGCACGUGGCUUGGGCAACCUGUUUGUGCGUACCUUUGUCGAGAGUGGCUCCAAUUCGGUCGUCAUCCUCGACCUCGACGCUGAGCAGGCGAGGAAAGCGGCCCAAGAUGUCGUCGACUGGUUCGUCGAGCACGGUGAAGCCGAAGAAGGCGAGAUCUCUGCUACCGGCAUAGGCUGCAAUGUCGCAGACGAAGAAUCUGUCAAAGCUGCCUUUGCUCAGAUCAAGGAGAGUCACGGUACGCUUGAUGUACUAGUCAAUUCUGCUGGCAUAUGUCACAAUUAUCAAGCCAUGGACUAUCCCACCGAAAAGUACAAGCAAUUAAUGAGCAUCAACGUCGAUGGCUCGUUCUUCUGCGCGCGCGAAGCCGCAAAGCUCAUGUCAACUGACUAUGGCGCAAAGGGAGGUUCCAUCAUUCUCGUUGGAAGCAUGAGCGGCUCCAUCAUCAACAUUCCCCAACCACAGACGCCCUACAACAGCAGUAAGAGUGCCGUCAAGCACAUGGCCGCCAGUCUUGGCGUCGAAUGGGCCGGCAAGAAGAUCAGAGUCAACUCACUCGCGCCCGGCUACAUGCAGACUUCGCUGCUCAAAGCAGUCCUCUCGAGCAAUCAGGCACUUGCAGAGAAGUGGGAGUCCAUGACACCCAUGGGACGACUUGGUGACCCAGAAGAUCUCAAGGGUGCCAUCGUGUUCCUUGCCAGCGACGCGAGCAAAUUUGUCACUGGCGUUGACCUGCGCGUUGACGGAGGCUAUUGCACAACUUGA